AUGGUACGGGGGAAAUUGAUUGUGUUCGAGGGCCUCGAUCGCGCGGGCAAGUCGACACAAUGCCAGAUGCUGGUGGAAGCGCUGCAGAAGGAUGGCGUUAGGGUGAAGCAUAUGCGGUUUCCUGAUCGGACGACACCGAUAGGGCAGAUGAUCAACAGCUACCUCAGCGGACAGAGCGAACAGGAGGACCAUGCUAUCCAUUUACUGUUCUCGGCGAACCGCUGGGAAGCAGCACCUUCCAUUGAAGCUGACCUCGCCGCCGGUACCACUGUUAUAAUAGACCGCUACUACUACUCCGGCUGCGUGUACAGCGCGGCAAAACGUAAUCCUACUCUUUCAUUAGCCUGGUCCCGCCAUCCUGAAGUCGGGCUGCCGCGGCCCGAUCUCGCCUUGUUCCUGGAUAUCUCCGCGGAAGAUGCAGCGAAGCGCGGUGGAUAUGGAACGGAGAAG